UCACGCCCCCGGGCAGCAGGGUUGCCCCGGCUGUUUGGCCACUGGAGGUUGUUUCUUGGAGCGGCUGGAUCCUGGAGACGUCCUGGACCUUCCCCUGGUUUCUGCCCUCAGGGGUCGGACCAUGGUGGUCCACUCCGUCCGGUACUUGGAAUUAAAAGAAAACAGAGAAUGCUGGAAAUAGUUAGCAGGUGUUGCAUUAACAAGAAGCUGGAUUGCAAUAUAUGGAGUUAUUUUGGAUAACCCGAGUGUUCCACAGAUCUGUUUGCAGUGAGUAGAACGGGGCCUUAAUUUAACACAAUCCGUCCGUCUCCUCGAACAUCAGCCACCAAACAUCUUCCUGACAUGGGGCAAUUAAUAAUUACUGCCUAAUGUUCCAAUUCUGAUUGGUUCUUAUUACUGUCGAUCUUGUCGGCGCUGUCGAGGAAACUGGAUGGAAUUGGUAUUUAAAGAGACCGCGGGAUUGCAACAAAUUACUUGCCUCGUUUGGAUGACUUCCGUGCUCGACUGGAGAAGAAAGGGAUGGAGCAUCGUGUUAUAACGUUUCGUCAUUGUGAGAAAGAUAUUUAUUGUUUUAAUGUACCGCCGGAGUGUCCGAUCUGUGGUCAGAGCCUCUUAGGACGAAGACUGGAGGAUGCCCCGGUCAGUAUUCCCAACUGCUUUGUAGAUGGACAUCAUGAAAAGUGUUCAUUCCUGAUCAAACCUACUAAUGGAUCGUUCCUGAGAGAAUAUGAUGGAAAAGCUGACCUUCAUGUUGGUAUCUCAAAUACUGGGGGAGUUGUGUACAAUUACAUUGAAACUGGUGUCCAGAGAGAUGAUUGUGGUUGGGAGGAAUGUAUUUCUGUUCCACUGGUACAACCAGACAUGUACAACUUAAUUAACCAGUGGGAUCUUUAUUUGGAGCAAUUCUCCACUGCCGAUGUGUGGCUACCAAACAGGUAUAAUGAAUAUGAGCACAACUGCUACUCCUAUGCAUUGACCUUCAUCAAUCGUGUCCUGGUAGCACAAAGUAAGCGGCAGCUGAGCAGGAUGGAAUUUACUGAGAGGUUUGUGGUUCCACGGACAAAGAGAGCCUCCAAAUACAUCACACUUUAUCGAGAGUUAUGCAGAAGCUACUUUUAUAUUGCAGAUGACUCACAAACUGAAGAAUUUAGCAGCCAGUUGUAAAAACAAAACACAAACUAUCAGUGAACAGCUCUUGUCUAAAUUCAUGACUUAAAAAUAUUACUACUAAGCCAGUGAAAUGUGCAGAAAAAUUAAACUUACAUCUGAUUAAUACAAUUAUAUUUCCUGCUAUGUCCAUUAGUUACAAUGUAAUCUUUUAUUAUAAAUUAACCUCUAAUUCUUUUUCUAAACUACACAAAUUAUUGCAAAUGAAAGUAAUAUAUAAAUAAUUGAAGUAAAAGAAUUUUUUUUGGUAAUGAAUAUACUAUUCUGCUGUCAACAAUCCGGAAUUCUGGAGGUGCAUACAUUAUUGUUCUCAAGAUCGUACAAUAAACUUGAAGUUUGAAAACAUUGGUCGAGGUAAAAGGCUACAUUUAUAAAUCUGAAGAGGGGAGCGAAUUAUUGUGGGGCAGUGCGUUGAAUCAAAUGAUCUCAGCAACUCUGGGUUUGAAUGGAAGAAAGCACCAAGGGUUCCUUAUACUGUAUGCUUUGUAGCUGAACUCUCUGGAAAGUGACAAUAAACCUGUCAGUCCUCAACAUCAAUACAAUAUGAAACUGACUUAGCUUCUGCAAUCUCUAAAUGCAUGUGGGAAAUAUUACUGACUGUGCUUCAAGGACUGCCAGUAUUUAGUUGUUCCCACACAGGUCGGUCCUGGACUUGUGCAGAUCUGCCCUAAGGCUGGGACUUCGAGUGAAAAGUGCCAUCAUGCUCUGUCACCAGGCUCAAUCACUGGUCUCCAUGCCCUGUUCAAGAGUGGAGUACCCAUUCAUUUGAAUUGAGA